AUGCAUUGGCUAUUCAUAGGAGGCGCCUUUCUUUCUCUAUUCCUCCCAACAACUGCCUCACCCUCCACAAUCGUUGACCACGGCCACUGGAAUGAACUCCGCGGACUCACCAACCCUCCACGUAAUACCUCUCAGACGCACAAAUCCAGCCCUCCUAUCAUAAUCGACACUUUCCAGAACCCACUACACAAUGACCUGGGCUUUUGGCACGGCUCCGGCGAAAACCUCACCGUCCAACAUGGACCGGGAUUCAUCAAACUGUCUCCAACAGACCCGGAUCAAAACUACCAUACCCAGUUCGAUACGAAUGCCUGCUACAGCUUGAUGGGGUGGUAUAAUGAGUUUCUACAUGUCAUAUUUGAAGGCACGGAUCAAUUCAGCGUCUCUUUGAACCAACACAAUGACGAGUGUAACCCACGUCGCAGUCCCUUCCCUGGUGUUGCGGACUCUGUCCAGGCAGAGCGGUAUGUGGUGCAUCCAGCCUCGGAACUAGCAGGCGGAGGAGAUGAUGGGGAUGACGAUGACUGUGAUGAGGAGGAUGAUUGCGAUGAUGAGGAUGACUGGGAAGAGGAUGAUGACCUGGAAGCAGAUGCCCAGGCCAGAAACUAUCUCAAGAACGCAGGAUCUAAGGAUACCCGACGCAAGCACCCAGGCACAGCCAAGAUCCCAACAGGCCGUCGCGAGCUCUUCAUUCCGCUCAGCCAUUUCAACGUUGAUUUCCACCGCGUCGUGUCCUUCUCAUUCCACGGCUUCUACACCAAUGAGUCCGUGACUCUCCAUCUUGUUGAAAUUGUUCCUGCUGUCCCACAGCCGACGCAGGAGAAUGGCCAUUACCGUUUGCCCGGCAAGCUGCCUAGUGGGAGAUUGGUGCUGCGUUGUUCGCGGCCGGGUUCCUUUGCAUUUGGUAUUGACGACGGCCAGCCACAGUUCUCGCAGGAAGUCAUGCGGAUGCUGGAUGAGGAGAAUGUGCGGGUUACCUUUUUUGUUGUUGCGGCUGGACUGCGUGAUCAGACGACUAAUUUCACUGAGUUUUAUAAGGAGAUGUUGAGGAAGGGCCAUCAGGUGGCAUUUCAUUCUAAUACUCAUCCUAAGAUGGAGGCAUUGCCAACACUUCGUGAUAUCGACGACGAGAUUAUCCAGACCAUAGCAACCUUCAAGGAAAAGCUGGGAAUUGAAUCUUCAUACUUCCGUCCACCAUACGGCACAGUAGCUGCCCGGCUGCGACAGCAGCUCGCUCGACACAUCCCAAACCCGUACAUUGUGAAUUGGAGCGUUGAUGUCGAAGACUGGUUGUGGGCCAAUACCACUACGCCGGAGAAACAGCUUGACGCUUUCUACCGCAGCGUGGGCUUGGGUGGUAACCUGGCGGUCAUGCACUACUUGAAUCCUACGACUAUUCGGUACUUGCCUCAGUUCAUUCGACAUGUCAAGAGUGCUGGAUACCAGAUUAUGCGUAUUGAUCAGUGUUUGGAAGAUGUGUCUGCUCCACCGCUGUAG